AUCUUAACCACCCGAUUGCAAAAAUACGAUAAUCGUCUAGAACCAACCCACAGCUAUACGGUGGAACUGAACUCUUUCGCCAAACAAAUCCUCAUCUCUGGGAAGUCUUCACAUCGCAAGACGGUCCUGUACUGUCAUCCGCCUGAAGUUCACUUCACUAGGGUUAAUGGCGAGAAUAUAAAAUAGCAUUAGAGCUAUUUAAUUUCAAAAAUUGGUACUGUGAAAAAAUUUACUGGAAAUCAUGUUAGCUCAGAUGAACUCGUUGACUGUGAAACCCAGCCUUUUUGUACCUAAAUUAUCUUCUUCCUCCUCUAAUUUUAUUAUUCUUGUACCUGGUCGACAUACAGUAAGCUUUCCAAGAAGGACGAAGGAUCUCACUGAAGGAAGAUUAGCCUUGAGAGUCAGAGCUUAUGAUUCUUCCAAGGAUGAUUCUGCGAAUAACUCUGGUGAUUCCAAACCACCCAAUGGCACUCUGUCAAAGACCAGGAGAGAGAUUCUAUUGGAGUAUGUAAAAAAUGUGCAGCCAGAAUUCAUGGAGCUAUUUGUGAAAAGGGCACCACAGCAGGUCGUUGAAGCAAUGCGGCAGACAGUGACAAAUAUGAUUGGAACAUUACCCCCACAAUUUUUUGCUGUAACGGUUACCACUGUAGCUGAAAAUCUUGCACAGCUCAUGUACAGUGUUAUGAUGACUGGUUAUAUGUUUAAGAACGCACAAUAUCGCUUGGAAUUGCAACAGAGUUUGGAGCAAGUUGCUCUUCCUGAGGCACAAGAUGAGAAGAAUGUGCCAGAUUAUGCUCCUGUUAGGCAGAAGAACGUGUCUGGUGAAGUUAUCAGGUGGAAUAAUGUUUCUGGUGCUGAGAAAAUAGAUGCUAAGAAGUACAUUGAGUUACUUGAAGCAGAGCUUGAGGAACUCAAUCGCCAAGUUGGUAGAAAAUCUGCGGAUGGGCAGAAUGAGUUGUUGGAGUACCUCAAGUCUCUCGAGCCCCAAAAUCUGAAGGUAUAGAUGGUUAUCACCUUUUUU